CGCCCUCCUCCGCACCCUGCGCCCUUUUCCGAGCUCCUUCCUUCUUCCCUUUUCCGGUGUUCCGAGGGCGCUGCGCGGGUUCCGCCGCCGCCUCUGCAGUUGGGACCCCGCGGUGGCCAUGCUGACCCGUGGGGUAGGGGGGCUCUGGUGCCAGCGUCUCGGCGACGGAGGGUGUUUCUCCCGGUCCACGUGGUGCCGCUGGGCUGCUGUCCGUGAAUCCUAGCGAGGCGGGGUGCUGGGCCCCCGAGCCUAAGCCAGGGCUGGGAGAGGCGACCCCAGCAGUCAGUGCCGGUGGAGAAAGAUGUCUUGGCCCCGCCCCUGAACCAGGAGCCACCAUGUUGGUGAUACCCCCCGGACUGAGCGAGGAGGAGGAGGCUCUGCAGAAGAAAUUCAACAAACUGAAGAAAAAGAAAAAGGCAUUGCUGGCUCUGAAGAAGCAAAGUAGCAGCAGCAUAGCCAGCCAAGGCGGCGUGAAACGCUCUCUGUCAGAGCAGCCCGUGGUGGACACAGCCACCGCAACGGAGCAGGCGAAGCAGCUGGUGAAGUCAGGAGCCAUCAGUGCCAUCAAGGCUGAGACCAAGAACUCGGGCUUCAAGCGUUCUCGAACCCUAGAGGGAAAGUUAAAAGACCCUGAGAAGGGGCCGGUCCCCACUUUCCAGCCGUUCCAGAGGAGCAUAUCUGCGGAUGACGAUCUGCAGGAGUCGUCCAGACGUCCCCAAAGGAAAUCUCUGUACGAGAGCUUUGUUUCUUCCAGUGACCGACUUCGGGACCUGGGGCCAGAAGGGGAGGAGGCAGAGGGCCCAGGGGCUGGUGAUGGCCCUCCUCGAAGCUUUGAAUGGGGCUACGAAGAACGUGGUAACGCCCGCUCCUCAGUCUCCCCUCCCCGAAGCCGCAGCCGGGACCGCAGUCGUGAGCGGAACCGGGACAGAGAACGGGACCGGGACAGAGAACGGGACCGGGAGCGAGACAGAGACCGGGACCGAGACCGGGACCGGGAGCGAGACCGAGACCGAGAAGGCCCUUUCCGCAGGUCGGACUCGUUCCCUGAACGCCGGGCCCCUCGGAAGGGGAACACUCUCUACGUGUAUGGGGAAGACAUGACGCCCACCCUCCUCCGUGGGGCCUUCUCCCCCUUCGGAAACAUCAUUGACCUCUCCAUGGACCCACCCAGAAAUUGUGCCUUCGUCACCUAUGAAAAGAUGGAGUCAGCAGAUCAGGCCGUUGCUGAGCUCAACGGGACGCAGGUGGAGUCCGUGCAGCUCAAGGUCAGCAUUGCCCGCAAACAGCCCAUGCUGGAUGCCGCCACUGGCAAGUCUGUGUGGGGCUCCCUCGCCGUCCAGAACAGUCCUAAGGGCUGCCAUCGGGACAAAAGGACCCAGAUUGUCUACAAUGACGAUGUCUACAAGGAAAACCUUGUGGAUGGCUUCUAGGUGGCGGAGUGAACUGCUGUGCCCCGCCUGCCCCGACACUGGUCUCAGUAAAGCACCGAGGUGGAAGCUCACACA